CUUCGCGCGUUACUCAUGAGCCAGAAGGCAGCAUCGUCGCGGACGCCGCGAGCCGCCACAGACGUAUGGAGGUAAAUUCGCUCAACAGGACUGUGAUGGCGGAGUUCGAGGAAGUAAUGGCUGAAGUGCAGGGCAACAGUCAAGUGAAGAGUGCUGUGUUGGUCUCGUCCAAGCCCGGCACCUUCAUUGCCGGUGCUGACAUCAACAUGCUGGCUUCAUGCAAGGACGAGGAGGAACUAUUCAACAUCUCACGAGGUGGCCAGAAGGUUCUUGAAUCGACAGAGAAGAGCCCGAAACCCGUAGUGGCUGCGAUCCAAGGUGCCUGCCUGGGAGGGGGGCUUGAGGUGGCUCUGGCAUGCCACUACCGCAUAGCAGUGAAUAACAAAUCUACGCUGGGCCUGCCUGAGGUGAUGCUGGGAUUGCUACCGGAAGGUGGAGGAACACAGAGACUGCCAUGACUGAUUGCAUUACCCGAUGCGAUGGACAGGAUGCUAACAGGCAAAAACAUUCGCGCGGCGAAGGCUAAGAAAAUGUGAUUGGUCGACAUGGUAGUUGCACCACUAGGGCCAGUAGUGAAGACUGCGGAUGAGAGGAACACUGGAUAUCUGGCAGGAGUGGUCCACAGCGAGAGACGAAGAACCUCCUGUGGCAAAAUCAUGGAUCGCGCGAUGCAGUACAACUUUGCGAAGGACAUGCUCUUCAACAAGGUGAAGGGCACCGUGAUGAAGAUGACGCAGGGUAACUACCCUGCACCGCUGCGCCUCAUCGAGGCUGUACGCACGGGCCUGGGACAAGGGCGGGAGGCAGGGUACCUGCAGGAGGCGCGGGGGUUCGCUCAGCUGGGGAUGACGGGUGAGAGCGAGGCGCUCAUCGGACUCUACAACGGCCAGACGGCGUGCAAGAAGAACCGGUUCGGAAAGCCGCAGAAACCGACCAAGAACGUCGCUGUGCUUGGUGCUGGCCUCAUGGGAGCUGGCAUCGUGCAGGUGAGCAUUGACAAGGGCUAUAACGUCAUCAUGAAGGACACGGUGCAGGCCGGGCUGUCGCGCGGCAUUAACCAGGUCUAUACAGGCCUCAAUACUGCGGUCAAGAAGAGGAAGAUCACUAGCUUUGAACGGGAUCAGACUAUGUCAAACGUGAGUGCUCGCUUGGACUAUGAGGGCUUUGAUAAGGUGGACAUGGUCAUUGAAGCUGUCUUUGAAGAUCUAAAUAUAUCACAUCACAUUUCAGCAGAUUGCAUAUUUGCCUCUAACACGUCAGCUUUGCCCAUCAGUAAAAUAGCAACGGCUAGCAAGAGACCAGAAAAGAUUGGUAUGCAUUACUUCUCACCUGUAGACAAGAUGCAGUUGUUAGAGAUCAUCACUACGGAUAAAACAUCAAACGAUACUGCAGUGGCUGCUGUUGAUGUCGGGUUGAAACAGCGCAAGGUUGUUAUCGUCGUGAAGGAUGGACCCGGGUUUUACACGACCCGCUGUCUCGCGCCAACCAUGGGAGAAAUAGUUCGACUUCUGCAGGAGGGCGUGGGGCCGAGGAGGCUGGACAAGCUUUCAAAGACGUAUGGUUUCCCGGUGGGACUGGCGACGCUCCUGGACGAGGUGGGCAACGACGUCGCUCAGCACGUUGCCGAGGACCUGGGCAAGGCGUUCCCCGACCGCCUGGUGGGAUCGGACCCUAACCUUCUGAAGGACAUUCUCGCCGCUGGAUUCCUUGGUAGGAAGUCGGGCAAGGGUAACUACCUUUACAAAAAGGGUUCUAAGCAGCGAGCCAUCAACCCCGGAGCUGAGGAAAUUUUCAAGAAGUAUUACAUUGAGCCGACGGGCAGGUGCAAUCAGCCCAUCGGGACAUAUGCCGAUUUUCGGAAGAACCAGAGGGCAGACAAAACAGCUGAAGGAUUUCUUGCAGCCGUGACGAUUGUGGACUCUACUGAAAUAUUAAUGUCAAAUAUUCUUAUAUUGAACAAUUCAUGCAAAUUUGAGAUAUUAAAUGAUGUUAUCUCAAUAGGUGAAUGAUUGCCAUAGGAAAACAAAUUCUUUUACCCAUAUGUGCUAUAUUCAAAUAUUUUCAAAAA